CCGCAGCCGCCGACCUUCCUCCGCGGGCUCCGCCCCCUGCCCCGGAAGUGCUCGCUGAGGGUGGAGGUUUCUGGGCCGGUCCGGGAGCGGCGCUUCCUUUUUGUCCGACAUCUUAGUGAGGUGCAGGGGUGGCUGUUGCUCGCCGAGCUUCGCUAUGCCGCCCAAGGACGACAAGAAGAAGAAAGAUGCCGGAAAGUCGGCCAAGAAGGACAAAGACCCAGUGAACAAGUCUGGAGGCAAGGCCAAAAAGAAGAAGUGGUCCAAAGGCAAAGUUCGAGACAAGCUCAAUAAUCUGGUGUUGUUUGACAAAGCGACAUAUGACAAACUCUGUAAGGAGGUUCCCAACUAUAAGCUUAUAACUCCAGCUGUUGUCUCUGAGAGACUGAAGAUUCGAGGUUCUCUGGCCAGGGCAGCCCUUCAGGAGCUCCUCAGUAAAGGACUUAUUAAACUGGUUUCAAAGCACAGAGCUCAAGUAAUUUACACCAGAAACACCAAGGGUGGAGAUGCCCCAGCUGCCGGUGAAGAUGCAUGAACAAGAUCCCACCAACUGUACAUUUUGGGAAAUAAAACUUUAUUAAAUGAAA